CGGAGUAAUGGCGGCCGGCAAAUCCGGGCGCUGAGAGAGAAAGGUACAACACCGUGCGGCCCGAGGGACGCAUCGUUUUCGUCGAAGCGGUGACGGUUUACCACGACGCAGAUAGUCAGAGGGAAUACUUUUUUUUUUUAAAACAACAUUUACGAUUCGGGGUCUUUUUUAACAGGACUUUUUUAUUUAGUAAAAAAAGAAUGGAUGAACACCCCGGCGGUGGAGGAGGUGGAGGAGGAAUGGCCACCGCAAGACAGCAGUCGCCACAACACGGUAAUAACAGCAGCGUUAACGCUCAUCUAGCUGGUGCUGUGGGAUCCGCGAUGGUGCACCAACAACAAGACGAGGCGCCAAGGCCGCAGCAGUACACGAUCCCCGGUAUUUUACACUACAUCCAGCACGAGUGGGCCCGCUUCGAGAUGGAGAGAGCACACUGGGAAGUCGAGAGGGCCGAACUACAGGCUCGAAUAGCAUUCCUCCAGGGAGAGAGAAAGGGUCAAGAAAAUUUAAAGAAUGACCUGGUUAGAAGAAUAAAGAUGUUAGAAUAUGCAUUAAAACAAGAAAGAGCAAAAUAUCAUAAAUUAAAAUAUGGCACAGAACUCAGUCAAAGUGAAGUAAAAAUGCCCAGCUUUGAUUCAGAUACCAAAGAUACAGAGCUGUCCAGCAUACCACAGAACAGUCAACUAACUUGGAAACAAGGCCGACAACUGCUAAGACAAUAUCUUCAGGAAGUAGGUUACACAGACACAAUACUGGAUGUGCGGUCUCAGCGUGUACGCUCUUUACUGGGGUUGUCUGGCUCAGAGCAAAAUGGUUCAGUGGAAACUAAAAACCUGGACCAGAUUCUCAAUGGAGGAGAAUCUCCAGCCAAAAGGAAGGGGCAUGACACAAAAAGGAAUGCAGGAGAUGUUCUGGAGACUUUUAACUUCUUAGAAAAUGCUGAUGACAGUGAUGAAGAGGAGGACGAAGAGGGUGAAUUGAUGGAAGACAUGUCAAACAGGACCGAUAAACAAAGAGUAAAGAAGCAUAAAAUUAAAGUGGGAAAUGAGGGUUUAGCAUCAGAUGUUCCCGAAGAUGCAGACACAGAAGAGGCACUAAAGGAGUUUGAUUUCCUGGUGAAUGCAGAGGAUGGUGAGGGUGCUGGUGAGGCUCGCAGUUCAGGAGAUGGUACAGAGUGGGCUGAACCUCUGCCGUUUCCUUCGGGAGGUGGCAAGUCCUUUAUCAUGGGCUCGGAUGACGUUUUGGAAAGUGUGUUGGGCUUAGGGGACCUUGCUGACCUAACAGUCUCCAAUGAUGAUGCUGAUUAUGGCUAUGACGUGAGUGGCACAUCAUGCUUUGAAUAUUCGCUUCCAGCCAAUAAGGAUGCAUUCAGGAAGACAUGGAAUCCAAAGUAUACUCUUCGCAGCCACUUUGAUGGAGUGCGUGCUUUAGCCUUCCAUCCUGUAGAACCUGUGUUGGUCACUGUUUCUGAAGACCACACUCUCAAACUUUGGAACCUCCAGAAGACAGUUCCUGCAAAAAAAAGUGCCUCUUUUGAUGUGGAGCCUAUAUACACAUUUAGAGCACAUGUUGGGCCUGUGCUGUCAUUGGCUGUUACUGCAAAUGGGGAGCAGUGCUUCAGUGGUGGUAUUGACUCAACAAUACAGUGGUGGAAUAUCCCCAGCUCUAACAUAGACCCUUAUGACACAUAUGAUCCUAGUGUUUUGGCUGGGUCCUUACUGGGCCACAAUGAUGCUGUUUGGGGAUUGGCUUACAGCGGAAUUAAGAAUCGACUGCUGUCCUGUUCUGCCGAUGGAACCAUCAAGUUGUGGAAUCCUCAGGAGAAGUUGCCUUGCAUUUACACCUUAAACUCAGAGAGAGAGCAUGGCAUUCCUACAUCUGUGGAUUUCAAUGGUUGUGAUCCAGCAUAUAUUGUGGCCUCGUACAAUACAGGCAAAGUUCUCAUCUAUGAUUUGGAGACCUUGCAGCCUGUUAUAGAGUGCCCAGCACAGAAAGAGAGCACAAUACCUUUUGGGAACCACAUUAAUAAAGUUGUGAGUCAUCCCACACUGCCAGUCACGAUUACAGCUCAUGAGGACCGACAUAUCAAAUUCUAUGACAAUAAAUCAGGUAAAGUUAUCCAUGCAAUGGUGGCUCACUUGGAUGCUGUUACCAGUCUGGCAGUGGAUCCUAAUGGCAUCUACCUAAUGUCAGGAAGUCAUGACUGUUCAAUUCGGCUGUGGAACCUGGACAGCAAAACAUGUGUACAGGAAGUCACCUCUCACCGCAAAAAAUCUGAUGAGUCCAUAUACGAUGUUGCCUUCCACCCUUCUAAGGCAUUUAUAGGGAGUGCUGGGGCUGAUGCUUUGGCUAAAGUAUUUGUAUAAGUUUCGAGUCAAGAUAUUUAGGGCAAAAUCAGCCUCACAAUUAGAGAGAGAAAGAUCUGUCUGCUUCACUGCCAUUGCAACAACAGAAGCAAUAGCUGCUAAUGUUGAAUCAGCUUUUUAUUCCACCUGCAUAAACAUGCCAGGGUUUGAGAGGUGGACUGUUGGUUUAGUGAAGCUUGGGUGAAGUGCCCGAUUAAUUUUCAUGUUGUACCCCAUUAAAACUAGAAGUUGAACAAAAAAUGGUUAACUGUACCUAACUGUAAGUCAGAGCUGGAUUUGCAUCAGUGUUUCUCUUCUUUUUUUUGAAUUGGCUAUAAAUUAGGUAAUUUUAUGUGUUUGAGUGAACAUUGAUGUUAUUCAUCAGAGAUCACCAAUGACCACAAAAAGGCAAGGAUGCUGCAACAGGAAUUAAUCUCUCCUACAGCAUUAGAUGCAUGAGUUGCCCUCUGGAUGUUGCGUUAUAUAUAAAUUAAAGGAAAGAAAGACAUGAUUCAACCCGGUUGCUUUUGCAUUAGCUUUGACAAUUUUGUGUAAAAAAUGAGUAUAGUUUUUAUAAGCCUUUUUUUAUAUAAUUGAAGAGUCUGGGUAGCAGAUGACAUUUUUUUAAAUAGAAAUAAGCGUGCUUUCCUAUUCAAACUCUCAAUUUCAAUCCAUCAUACAUUGCAGGAAGGUUUUGACACAUCUUGCCCUUUCCAGUAAAGAUAACUAUUUGACUGCACCAUGGAGCAGUAGAAGCACACUUCCUCACAGCUCUUUAGAUAUCUACAUGUAAACAGCAGUGUCCUAUCACUAUGUGAUGAUUUUGUACAUCUUAAUGUAACUGAGUUUAUUUAUCACAGAUUAGACAACUGAACACUUAUUUAUUUCACUGUUUUGGGAUAGUCUUAGCCUCUUUUCUAAAAAUUUAGAAUAUUUGUAAUGUUUGGCUGUUUAGAAGACAAUUGAAGGGCAAGCCAAAACAUGUGUUGCUCAUUAAAAAUACAUUUUCAUCCUAGGUUGAUAAAGUUUAAAUUUAUUACAUUUUUAAGUUAAGUGAUCUGGAUAACUAGCAUUAAAUGAAACAACUGUUGUUAUUCUGUCCAUACAAUUUAUCUUAUAAGAUAUUUUAUUUUUAAACUUACAGUUUAUGUUGUAACUAAAGACCUUUUGUUUGUCUAAUGCAUGAUUGAUACAAUAAAGUAUUUUUUCUAGUUUUCCCAAAAAGUUUCUGAUCGGUUUAGAGUUUUGAGGUUUUUGAUUUACAGUUUAUGAAUUAGCAGAUUUUAAAGACUGUACCACAUAGCAAACUUCAUCUGUUAAGUCAUGUAUAUAAAAUGUCUAUAAUAAAUAUUAAAUGGUGUACCUGUAUAUUGAA